CUCGUCAUUGCCUGUCGUACGUCACUACGUACAGUAGGUGGCAGAAACAGGUCGCACUGCAGUCAAAGUUCAAUAACGCUCCACAAGAAGAAGAUGCAGAGCGCCGCUGGAAGAUUCUGGAAGUCUCUUGUUUGGUGGUACACGGAGUCAUAAGACGAGAAGGGAUUUCACCAUCUUUCACGAUAAACCUGUUGAGAGGGCAACUAUGGUGAAAGAGACAGUUUUUUAUGAUAUGCUGGGUGUAAAGCCUAACGCCAGCCCUGAAGAGCUGAAGAAGGCUUAUCGUAAACUGGCAUUGAAAUAUCACCCAGAUAAAAACCCAACAGAGGGGGAAAGGUUCAAACAGAUCUCCCAAGCAUACGAGGUUCUGUCAGAUGCCAAGAAGAGAGAAGUGUAUGACCGAGGGGGUGAGAAGGCGAUUAAGGAGGGAGGAAAUGGAGGGCCAAGUUUUGGCUCCCCCAUGGACAUUUUUGACAUGUUCUUUGGAGGAGGGGGACGCAUGCACAGGGAGAGGAGAGGAAAGAACGUGGUGCAUCAGUUGACUGUAUCUUUGGAGGAGCUUUAUAAUGGAGCCACCAGGAAACUUGCUGUCCAGAAGAAUGUCAUCUGUGACAAGUGUGAAGGUCGUGGGGGCCGUAAAGGAGUUAUAGAAGUGUGUCCUUUGUGUCAUGGGGUGGGUGUCCAGGUCAGGCUACAUCACUUAGCCCCUGGCAUGGUGCAGCAGAUAUCAACAGUCUGUGCCGGCUGUCAGGGCCAAGGUCAGCGACUGGGUCACCGUGACCGCUGCAAAACAUGCGCUGGUCGAAAGAUACUACGGCAGAAAAAGAUUCUUGAGGUGCACAUCGAUAAAGGUAUGAAAGAUGGACAGAAAAUAGUGUUCCAUGGGGAGGGCGACCAGGAGCCUGGCCUUGAACCUGGAGACAUCAUCAUUGUCUUAGAUCAGAAAGCACACCCGGUUUUCACCAGACAAGGAGAGGAUCUCAUCAUGAACAUGGAGCUACAGUUGGUAGAGUCCUUAUGUGGUUUUCAAAAACCUAUUAAUACACUGGACAACAGAACUCUACUCAUCACAUCCCAUCCAGGGGAGUUGAUCAGACCUGGAGAUAAGAAGUGUGUUCAGAAUGAGGGAAUGCCUUUGCACCGUCGGCCAUUUGAGAAAGGCAAACUCAUCAUCCUUUUCAGCGUUGUCUUCCCUGAAGAGAACUUCCUUCCAUUAAACAAACUCAAGGAGUUAGAAAGGUACUUACCUGAAAAACAGGCUAAUAAUGAGCCUGACAGCAUGGAUGAUGACCUCUAUAUCUACGCUGACCUUGAAGACUGUGAUCUGACCCAUGAACGCCACCAUUACCACUAUAUAGAGGAGGAAGACUUUUACCCCUCUGGAGGUGUGCAGUGCCAAACCUCGUAGAGAUUCCUGUUCCCUUACCCUCCCUUCCACAAAUGCCACCUCUGCUGGAACACAAAGAAAAAGGACCAAGAGGGAAAACGUUAUUAACCUCUCAAAUAGUUCUGUGCCAAGAAUAAGACCUUUUAGUGCCGACCUCUUGUGUCAUUUGUUUGGAAGUAACUUCUCAUCCAAAAUUUUGACUGAAUAAUUUGUGAAAUAAACGUAAAAUGAGCUGUGAGACUGGUGUCAUAGAGGUUGAGCUGAAGGGAGAAUCUAUGGCUAUUUAUGUAGCAGUUACAGUGGAAACAGAAUGGAUGUUCAAGUUGGUUGUGCCAUAAUCCCAGAAAAUUGAUUUUUCUUCAUCGGUUUGAGACAUUACGAUCUUUGUGGUGUUUUGUUUAUUGCCAAUUAAUUGUGGAUUACAUGUAAGACUGAUCUUGAUAUUGUUGGAAAUUUGGUAUGUGCCAGUUUUUUCUAGUACAGUUUGAACUAAUAAGAGGGUUAAAGGGUUAAUCCACCCCAAAAUGAAAAUGUUGUCAUUUCUCACUCACCACCAUGUCGUUCCAAACCCAUAAAAGCCCUGUUCAUCUUCAAAACACAAUUUAAGAUAUUUUGGAUGAAAACCUCGAGGGUUUAAAUUUAAAUUAAAUUAAAAAAAUUAAUUUAUGCAUUUAGCAGACGCUUUUAUCCAAAGCGACUUACAGUGCAUUCAGGCUAUCCAUUUUUACAUAUCAUGUGUUCCCGGGGAAUCGAACCCCCAACCUUGCGCUUGAUAACGCAGUGCUAUACCAAUUGAGCUAAAGGAUUUGGGUUUGGAGUGAUUAAUGACAAAAUUAGCAUUUUAGGGUGAAGUAUCCCUUUAAUAACGAAGUUGAAAAUACAUUCACAAAGAACAUCUUAUGUUCAUGAUGGCAGACUGUGAUCCAUCUCUUAAAAGCCUUAUUUUGUAGAAAUUGAUAUUAGUUAGCUGCUUCAUUGGCUGAUAUUAUUUAGAGUCUAGUUCCUGGUAACUUUUUAUGUUACUGUUUUCACGUAACUAUGAAGUAAUAGCCAAGGAUUUUAUCAAAAUUAAAUCACGUUGUUUUUGUUUGCUAUUUAAGGAACGAAGAAGAUAUCCCUUCUAGAAGGAAUUCGUUUGAUCUAAAUAACAAAAAAAAUAAUUAAUUGAAAGAGCCUUAAUUGAUUAAUUAAUUGAAUCUACAUACCUCUGCAUAAAACCAGUCUUAAGAGCUUCUUGAAACAAUACUGAAACUUUUUUGCAAAUUAAUUAAAUGUUUACUCCACAUACAUUUGGAAGACACUUUUUUUUCGAUAUUGCAAAUGCACUUUUAUCCCAUUUGUUAUUAAUUUUUGCUAGCAGAUAGUCUUAUAUUUGAUUAUCUGUGUUAACUAAAGAUUAAUUGAAAAAUGUGGAAUUUGAAUUAUGACCAAUAACUGCCAUUUGUAGUUGUAUUUAUAAAAUAAAUCUCACAAUGUUA